CUCCCAGUGUAUGGUUGAGGAGACCCGUAAGAGCUACAUGUAUACAGCCUACGGUGCUUUCCGUCUCUGAAUGUAGCUGCGUUUCUCAACUGACAACAGCUUCAUCUGACUACACACCCAUCAAGUGCAAUGACGGAUCCACGGACGAACUCAGCUUGGAUACUCGGCGACAAGUUCGACCAAGUCUACCCUCAUCUCGGCUCAAUCUCGAAGUUAUGGUACAAGAAAUGGAAGUUCCCCUGUGAACGUUCCUUGUAUCCUUUUCAUGAUGGCAAAUUCGAAGAUUUUGCACCCGUAUUCGAGUCCCUGAUCGAGAAAGGUAUACACGAUGGCUAUACCGAUGCAUAUACUCAAGAGUUUGUACCUACAGCCGAAGCGCUCGUAAAGGUUGCGGAUCAGAAGCUCGAGAUAGGAGAGAAAGAGGAAGCGAUCGGAAUCUACUUGAGGGCAUGUGCGGUCUACAGGAUCGCCAGAUUCCCGUACAUCAACAGCGACCUGAAGAGGGAUAUCUAUACUGCACAAAAGAAGGCGUACUUGAAAGCUGCAGCACUAUUCGAGGUCCCGAUUGAGGACGUCGAAAUUCCACAUACCGCUGGCACCGCGGAAGAUGAGGGGAACAAAGUGCCGUUGUAUGUCCGCAUACCGCCCAGCGCAAGCAAAGACGAGCCUGUGCCAUCGGUCAUCUUGAUGUGCGGACUAGACGGACAUCGACCAGACAAUACUGUAAGGAGUGAUGAAUUCCUCAAAAGAGGCUGGGCGAGUGUGAUUGCGGACAUCCCCGGCACAGCCGAUUGUCCCGCCCUCCGCUCUGAUCCGACCAGCGCCGACCGCCUUUGGACUUCCGUUCUCGACUGGAUGCAGGCGCAAGGGCGCUUCAACAUGUCCAAGAUUAUGGUAUGGGGUCUUUCUGCAGGCGGCUAUAACGCGAUUCGCGCUGCACAUACUCACGCCAAUCGCCUUCUUGGCUCGGUAGGCCAAGGAGCCGGCACUCACCAUUUCUUCAGUCGUGGAUGGCUCGAAAAGGCCGCACAUCAUGAGUAUCCUUGGACUGGACUUCCAGCCUUGAAAGAGAAGUUCGGGUAUAAGAGCGAAGAAGAUAUGAUGGCGAAUGCACAGAAGGACUUCUCGCUGGUUGAGACUAAGAUUGUGGACAAGCAGAGCUGCAGAUUGCUGCUUGUGAAUGGGACGCAUGAUGGUUUGAUGCCGAUCGAGGACAGUAUGCUCAUGAUGGAAUAUGGCAGGCCGAAGGAGGCGAGAUUCUUUACUGGAUUGUUGCAUAUGGGAUACCCCCCUGCAAAUGGAGCCGUGUACCCAUGGAUGGAAGAGGUCAUGGGAAGUGUGCCAUGAAGAUGGCAAAAAUAAGUGCAAUGGGCGCAGCAGUGCACACAUGCGUGCUGGCAGAUUACUCAAAAGGCGGAGCACGAUGUACCUAUGCAAAUAGCCAGGGUUGACCAGGAGCACAUGUAUGCUUGCGCUGUAUACAAUAAUGUACAUGCACCGAGGCCACUUUCGCUACGAAUGUUCCCGCGGACUGGCACGACACGUCUUGUGACGUCGAACUGCCACGCUCCUAGUGGUAUGCAAGCACUGCAGCUACCCUUGAGCUUGAGCUUCCAUUCAUGCUACAAGCGAGCGCGCGACUUCUUGACUUGGAGUCGGUGUGGUCUCAAGCUGAUGCACACCCAUACGGAUAUUAAUAUACCUACAACAGCAUUCAACUGAUGGAGUUACGGUUGAGC